AUGGCGGACGGUAGAGAGGACGAUGAAGUUCCUGGUCGUGUCGAGGACAUUUUGUGUAAACAGCGUGUCAAGGAAAUUAUGUGUCAACCAUGCUUAAGUAAGGAUAAGAAAAAUGUGGCUGACAAGUUUUGUUCAACGUGUAAUGAAUUUCAGUGUAUUGAUUGUUCAGGUGUGCAUAACGUGCUUGACAUCUUUAUAAGUCAUAAAUUGUUAAACGCAAAUGUAGCACAUGUAAUCAGAUGUGAUCAACACACAAAGGUUUUAGAUUUUUUCUGUGAAGAUGAGAACAAGCUUUGUUGCAGUACUUGUGCCAUUGUUGAUCAUAGUAAAUGUCACGGUGUUGUUGAAGUUGAGAAAAUUGCCGGGAAAAUGAUGUCACCGAGUUCUAGUUUAGAGGAGAUAUUGCAGGGAGCCAUAGAAUGUGUUGAAGCUAUUGCAAGACAUACUGUCACUUCAAAGGAUCGACUUGCUCAAGACGUUGAAGAAAUACAAGCAAAAAUUAAGAAAAUGCGAGAUGAAGUAGUGAAAAUGUUUGACGAAUUGGAAGUUAACAUUGUUAAGAGAGCUAAAUCUUUACAGAAAGAAACAUUAGGUAACCUUGAAAAGAAGCAAUCACAAAUCGAGAAACAUUUGGCUUAUGUUACAGGCUAUCUAGAAACGCUUCAUAGCAUUUACAAAAAUAGGACUCCAACGCAGAAAUUUAUAGCAGAACAGAAAAUGGAAAAUGAAGUCAAUGUUGUAUGCAGAAAUGUCAAUGAGGAAUGUCAGAACUUCAAGACGGUGACCAUUUCUUUUGAUUUUGAUGGACAAUUAACUCUGCCACCACGAUCAAUUACUGACUUUGUUCCUGGACAGCUGACAUUGAAAUACCACGAACGGGAAAAUGUGAAUGCUGUAAAUAAGGUGACGACAUUAACUCAAGUUUCUUCUAUUGAGUUAAAGAAGACGGGAGAUGACACCGAGAAAACAUUCGUUACAGGAAUAAACUUUCUACCCGAUGGUAGACUAGUUGUUAUGGAUCAUUUCAAUAAGAAAUUGAUAGUUUACAAUGAAAAUUUGGAAAAAGUAGGAUCAUAUCAGUUAUCUUAUAGGCCUCUGUCAGUUGUCGCUGUAUCUGAGGAUGAAGUAGCGAUAACAAGUGGCAGUGAAUAUAUAAUAGAAUUUCUACGUGUUAGUAAAGCUAAUGAAAUAAGUUCAAGUAGAAAAUGUAAAGUUAGAAAGAAAUAUGAUUCUAUAUGUUUAAAAGAUAAUAGCCAAUUUGUCGUAGGGGCUAUUGAUUACCAAAUACCUGUUGAAAUAAUAACAUUAGCAGGAGAGCCAAAUGCUUUUAGUAUCAAUUUUCCUAACAAGGCAUAUCCUGAAGAAACAAGCAGAUGUACUUACAUAAGGAACGGUGAUAAAGUGGUGUUUACAGAUAGAUACGAGCAUACUGUCUACAUAUAUGAUAUCAAGACAAACACGAGAGUCGUGGUGAAGGAUGAUCAGAUAAAGCAACCAUUUGGUGUAGCAGUUGGCCCCUAUGAUACUAUCCUGGUUUGUAGCAUGAGAACAAAUUCCAUUGUACAGAUAUCACAAACAGGUCAGAUCUUGUCAUCACACAAGAUAGAUAUGGAAUUCCCACACACAGUUUGUGUUUCACGUGAUAAAGCAUUUCUUGUUGUUACAAAUUCCAGUUUUGGAAACGUGAAAAUGCAGAAAUUCAAAAUAUCAUUAUGAUAACGCAAUCUUCUGUAUCUCAUAUGUCGUAGGGUUCCUCUUUCCUAAUAAAGGAGGGGCUGUUUCGACCUGUAAUGGCACGGAAACAAAUAAAACAAUUUACUUAGGAUGAAAGAAAACGCAACACAGCUACUUCGUGGCGCAAACCAAUGGAAGUGUAUUCAAUGUGCAAAAUACAAAAUGCAACACGCAUGUCAUUUCAAUAAUUGAAUGAAUACAUUACGAGUAAUAAAUAACAACCAAAAUUACCUGUAAUGGCACGGAAACAAAUAAAACAAUUUACUUAGGAUGAAAGAAAACGCAACACAGCUACUUCGUGGAGCAAACCAAUGGAAGUGUAUUCAAUGUGCGCAUGCGUGCCUUCCAAUCCGGGUGAGUAAAUGUUAGGAGGCCCGUCCAGAAGAAAUUAGUUGUUAUGAAUUAUAUAGAAUGACAUUAAGUGUUACAUGUUGCAAUGAAUGAAAAGGAUGAAUGAAAAUGAGAAAAAUAUGGGGGAUGAAUAGGACAAAUAUAUAGGACAUAUAUGAUAUAACAAAAUGACAAACGUACAGGGAAUAUAUAACGACACAAUAUAUAAGACAUACAUACAAACAAUAAAUUAUACAUGUCGGUAUAUUACCCUCGUGACACAUAGUACAAACCAUGAUUCACAUUAUAAGGUGAAAAUGAUCGGUAGUUUCAAGAAUGACCAAGAGAGUGUAUACAUGUAUUUAUAUCAAUCGAUGUAAAAAAUCUGGAAACAAAGUGAUCCCCCGGAAGCAUUAAUCACUACAAAAUUACAAGAGAAUUGCAGACUCGGUUUGAUUGAGUCUGUACAUGAGGGAUAAUGAAAAGAUGCAACAUCCCUCACGCCCCCUAGUACUGAUAAGUCCAAUGUCAAAAUGUAACUUUCAUUACUACACCAACAUUCGAAACCAAUGUGUUGAUAAGGUGUAUAAUCAAGAAUAAUUGUGUUUAUCUUAUGCAUAUCGAGAACAACUAAUGAGUGAAAACAAUUCAAUAAUGAUUAUUUUAAUUUACUUCUGAUUUCAUUUUGGAUACAUCGAACUUAAUAUUGAAAAUUAAACCAUUCAUUGACAUUAAACUUGUAUUAUGAUAAUUAACCCAUGUUCUGAGUUAACGUUAUCUUGUAUAUCUACCAUUGUUCGAAUAAUUGGGUAAUUUUGUGGUCAUCUGUUUACAUCCCACCAGAAAAUACUAAAUAUUUCAACAAAAAUAUAAAUGACUUGU